UAUUAAAUUAAAAGUUGUGUGUGUUUUAUUUAAAUCUAUAGUCAUCUUGACAUGUAAAAGUAAAAAAGGGAAAAAAGAAAUAUAUAGACAGCUUCUUCUGAAACAUUUAAAUGUCUUUGUAGAUGAGCUGGAUCAUCAUGUCUUUCUGUGUAAAUAUAACUCCCCACUUAAACUACGCAGCUUCUCUGACUUCAUUAUCGACCUGAAACAAGUAAAGCUGAUCUCUUCUGUCACUCCAUCCUUACAGAAAAUGAAGUAAUAACCUAUAGUUAGAAAUGUUCUUGGUUCGAUUAAAGUCCUUCUUGGUUAUCUGAGGAAACUCUUUAAAACAGCAAGUGUAACCUAUCGUCCUCUCCUGCGCCAUCCGCAUACAGUGAUCUCCGUGCUGCACCUAAAGUAGACAUGCAGGCUAACCGCAAACGUGGAAGAGUCCAUUUCCAUCUUAAUGCACAAACAAAAUCCUGCCCCAACGAGGCGAUCAACUAUCUUCAUCCCGUUGAGGCAAAUGAGAGGCAGCCGACAAAAAUUAUGAGCAGGUCACCCUCUAAUUACUUCUCUGCUCAAAGUGUCACCUCUGAUGAGAGAAAUACUGAAUAUUAUGAUUCUUUCAGGGAUUUCUCUGUGGAGAAUUAUGAAGUAAAGGAACAUGACACCAGCAGCGUCCUGAGUCUUGAUGAAGAGGCCAGCUCCAGUUCAACCUCCUCCAGCCGGACGUCCAGCUCCAGCAACCUUGAUGAUCAGCAGGUUCAAGUUCCGGAUCUAGACUUUAACAGUUAAUUGACUUUUAUAUGUUCUUUGUAACUAAUGUUCAUGUUACAGAUUGUGCAAACAUCAACGAAUGUUUCAGUUCUCAAUUUAAUUGAGCUGUGAAGAAAGUAAAUAUUCAAAAUAGUUGAGAAAUCUUCUAGCAAAUUGUUCACGAUAAUUUUACUUUUUGCAGAUGAUAUUUUGGGCUGUUACAAAAUUGUCAAAAAGCUUGGUGAGGGAGGUUACAGCACUGUCUUUGAAGCAGUUCGCAUGACGGAUGGCCUUGAGGUAUUAUAUUUUACUCACUACAUCUAGCUAGCAAAAUAUUUCUCUCAGUCUCUGUUCAAAUUUGUUUAUUGUGUCACAUGACAUUGAAAAAGUUGAAUGACUGUGAUGAUUUGAGUUAAUUGAGCUAAUUGUUUUGAUAAUCAGUUGGCAUUAAAUGUCAUUUUGAAGACAAACACCAUGGAUUACCUCAGCAUUCCUGGUCAUCCUACACCCCUUCCGUUAGAGGUUGCUCUAACCAUUCUUGCCAACAAUGGUCCGACCGUUCCUCAGAUAAUCCAGAUGCUGGAGUGGCAGGAGUGUCCCGACUCCUACAUAAUGAUCUUGGAGCGUCCCUCACCCUGCGAAGACCUUUUUGAUUUCCUGGAGCGGCACGGAGGAACCCUCAGCGAGAACAUGACACGGCACAUCAUGUGGCAGGUAGUGCAGGCUGCCCACAUGUGCUGUCAGCGAGGGGUCCUCCAUCGGGACAUUAAACUAGAAAAACUGCUGAUCAACAAGGAAACUCAUGAAGUAAAACUCAUAGACUUUGGCUGCGGUGACCUUCUGAAGACUUCGGCAUAUGCAACAUUUUGUGGUAUGUAUUGUCCAAGUCUGCAGUUUGAGAUUUUACUUCUUCAACACCAUAUUUUGAACAGCAUCAGCUUUCUUACUGUCACUAAUGAAGAAAAUCUUCUUUUUUCAGGGAGUGAAGAUUACUGUCCACCCGAAUAUAGAUCUAGUGGCAGGCAUUUUGGCAAAGCAGCAACUGUUUGGUCACUGGGGGUUCUCCUGUAUGAACUGCUGUGUGGAGAACCUCCAAAACACAGUGACCUGGACUUGACAGAAGAAAGAACUUGGAUCAAAUCUGGAUUGUCAAAAGGUGAGCUGGCCAUUUAUUACAGCAGAGAAAGCCAACUGUAAAUCUAAAUGACACAGAGGAAUAAUUCAGUGAUGUUCAUCAGUUUUGGCCUUCACGUUUCAGCAUCAUCAAAUCUUAUUGUUUGGAUUGUGAUUAUUAAAGCAAGUAGAUGUAGUUUAGGUAAUAAUAAUCAGACUCCUCCAUCUUUCUCCACAGAGUGCUGCCAACUGGUCCAGUCCUGCCUGCAGAGGAGCCCCAUGAAGAGGAUCGCUUUGGGGAAACUCAGCAGCCAUCGCUGGUUCAAGGUACUACAAUUUCUUAUAUCUUUUUUUUUUAGCAUUUUUAUACAGUAUGUUUAUCAUAUACUGUACAAGUGUAACAAGCAUAAGGCAUGUAGACCAACCAGUAUUUUGUGGGCUUGUUUUAGGUCACCAAAUAAAGAAAUGAAGAGGAGGUCAGCUCAGUUUCAGAGCCCCUCCAUCAGCUCAGUGUCUGGCAGCCUGACAUGAAUGGACCAGAGCUGGCUCUCAAAGCCACACCCGCAGAGUUCAUUUUAUCAAUGAAAAAAAAAAAGAGACGGAAAAUGUCAUUGCCUAAAACUUGAAACAAGCAGAAGCAGCAAGCAUGAAGCUGAAAUAAAUUGACUUGCAGUGCAAGGACCUUCAAAAAUGGUCUGUUUUAAAACUGGCAAACACUGAGCUGCCAUUCUCAAUAGUCCAAAAAAUUCUUGUGAAGGGAGCGCUUCCUUUCCAGAGCAACAUUUACACAUGAGCUCCUUUUCACAGCCACCUCAGUGACAAAGCAGAACCAAAGUUUUCUGCAUUUACUGCCUUGAUUCAAGCAAGGAUGUCAACUCAGGCUGCCAGAUCGUGGACCUUCCUUUCAUGACACUCCAACACAGCAUUUUUUCACAACUUCUUCUUUUUAGAGCUUCUUGUAAGGGAUUUCUGAGAAAAUGUGUCCGCAACAAGAAAACCAGAGCUGAUUCUCAACACUAACCCAGUUCCAGUGCUGUGCGUCAACACUGUCAUCAUCUGUCGAGAUUUUUCAGAUCCUGAAAAAACAGUAGCUGUCUAAGGAAAGCUCAUCUCUCCAUCCCGAACAUGCUCUAUAGAGGGACCUUCAAGAGUAUCCUGAGCAGCCGCAUCAACUGAACUACCU